AUGGCACCAAUCGCCUCUAGUGACCUUGUCUCUGUGCCUGAGAGCAAGUAUGGGACAACUCACAAAACUCCCAACGUUGGAGACUCAAAGGAACCACAGAAAAAGAAACAGAAGAAGACACCUCUCGAAGCGCUCUCACACGGCCCAGUCACCCUUGCCGGAGUCCCUCUCUUCCCAACCUUUGCGUCUCAACGAAAAUGGCAACUCGAGCAUAUGGCCGCGGCAUUCAGACACUGGGCACGAUCAGGCUACAUCGAAGGCAUGAGCGGACACAUAUCCAUACGUGAUCCGGAAUUCCACGAUGCGUUCUGGACGAACCCGCUCGGCGUACACUUUGGAGUCCUCAAUGCCAGCGACAUGAUCCUGGUUAAUUUCCAGGGCGAUAUCAUUAGCGGCAACCCUCUCAAGCCGCCCAAUGCAGCCGGCGUUUUGAUCCACGGAGCAAUUCACAAGGCUCGCCAGGACGUGCACGCGGUAUGCCACUGCCACAGCGUGCAUGGGAAGGCGUGGUCGGUGUUCGGCAAGCGGUUGGAAAUGCUCACGCAAGACGCGUGCAAGUUCUUCGGCGACGCUCAGGCUGUGUACGACAACCACGGCGGCGUCGUGUUGGCGGAGGUAGAAGGUGAGAGGAUCGCAGCGGCACUCGGGGCCAAGGCAAAAGGAUGUAUCUUGCGCAAUCAUGGUAUCCUGACCGUGGGCGCGACUGUGGAUGAGGCUGCGUGGCUGUUCACUAGCAUGGAGAAUAGUUGUAGGAUUCAACUUCUGGCUGAGGCUGCGGCGGCUAACAACAUAGCGAAAGUCGUCAUCCCGGACGAAGAAGCACGGUUCAACUUUGACGCAGAGAGCGAUGCGGAUGUGUGCUAUUGCGAGUUCCAGGUCUACUACGACUACGAGGAACGUGAUUGUCGGGGUGAAUUCAAGGAUUUUUGUGAGUGA